AUGGCCUUAGCAGACGAUCAAGAUGUAACAAUGCAUAUGCAGCGUUUUAUGGAUAUUGGCGAAGAGCCUAGACGAAUGCUGCCUCCUAUCCUAGGGUUCGAGAAGAUGCCUUUGGUUUCUCUAGAGGAAGCUACUAAACAGCUCGUGUCACUCAUGCCUGAUUUAGAGCAUCACGUGUCGGUUGCCAAAAGCAACUGUAAAAUGCCAAUAGCUGAUGGGCUCUCAAUUGACGAGUCAGCUUCGAUAAGACUGUAUACGAUGGAGUGGAAACCGAAAGAAAAAUGUCUAUAUGUUGUUCUUAAUAAAACUCUUCGUUCUGAGGACCGACAAGAACUGAAGCCUUGGUUUCUUUAUCUGAGGUUGAUUAUCGGCUCUCUUUCAAAAAUUCCGUCGACUAGUCGCCACGUCUUACGAGGAGUGAAAUUGAACUUGUCACCACAACAUAUCAAAGGACAGACACUUGUUUGGUGGGCAUUCACCUCAUGUACUGAUUCGGUGGAAAUGCUAAAUAACAAAGCUAUGUUUGGCCAAACAGGCGACAGAACCCUGUUUCAAAUUGAUUGCUAUUCUGGCAAGGAUAUUCGUCAACAUUCUGCUUAUUCGAUGGAAAGUGAAAUCUUACUUCUUCCGGCCACCCAACUUCAGACGGUUGGAUAUUUUGAUACAGGGAGUGGAAUGCAUAUCAUUCAGUUGAAAGAAACUGAGCCUAAAUUUCCUCUCAUGAACAAAAUACCUGGCGCUAAUGAGAAUCUACCAGUAUCCUCUCAUCCAGUGAAUUCUCGACCAAUCAUUGAACCACCAGAAUGCGAAUUAUUACCCGUGCCAAUCACUGAACAGCCGAAAUCCACACUAUUACCCGUGCCAACUACUGGACAACGAAAAUUCACAUCAUUAGACGAGAUAAGACAUGCGAAUUGCGGCAAUGUAGAUCUCGAAAACCGCAUGGCCGGAUAUCGAGUGGGUUCGCCAAUAAACUUAAACAAACAGAAAUUGACAGAUUCAGACAUGCAAAUUGUUAUUCGAGAGGCCAUCGUCACGAAAAAAUGCACAAGACUUUGUUUACAAAACAAUGACAUAACCGCAGCUGGCAUGUCGAUGAUUGCCGAGGCAAUGCACAAAACUACUACAUUGGAGGAACUGGACUUAGGCCAUAAUCACUUGACAGACACAGAUCUAUAUCCAUUGGCAAGGGAACUAUCAGCUAACGAGACAGAACAUGUUGUACAAUGGAAAUGUUGUGGAAUAGUAAAAAUGAAGGAUAUAGACAAAGCACCUGUCAAAGUACUCAAUCUCAGCAACAACAACAUUGGAGACGAAGGCGUAAGACAUCUAGUCGAAGUGAUCAAAAGAAAACGAACGCUGACUGCUCUACAUUUGAAUGGCAAUCAAAUCAGUGACGAAGGUGUUAAAUUGUUGGCUAGUGCUCUAUGUCGUCCGGGAACAAAUCUACAAAAAUUGUAUCUGCACAACAAUAAACGAAUCACUGAUUUGAGUGUGGACGUUCUCAUCAGCAUGCUCAAAGGAAAUCAAUCGCUGAACACAUUAUGGUUGAUAGAAUGCACGCUAACCAGUGGCGGUAGACAGAAGAUUUUUCAAGAGGCAGAUGCAUCAAAGCAAAACUUUUAUUUGAAUAUUGAAAGAUGUUGA